AUAAACACACUCGAAUUCAUUGUCACACUUUGUGACAGUGGAUGUGAGUGUGUGGAGAGGCUUUUUAGUCAAAAAUAAAUCGAUGUAAAAUCCUCCACAAAGCGUCGACUGCUUAGCGCUAGCUUCGAGAGACAGAAGUAGUAUACGCUGUGAAGACGCACACAGAGACUGUGAGUGGGUCCUCAGGUAGUUUCCUUAUGUCAGGCCGAAACGGGUCUGCAAGUGAUGCAGACUGCCGGAUUUCUGAGGAUCGCCAUGACCCAGAUGUUGAGCUGAUGGAACUGGGGCCACUGCUGGAGGAAGGAGGAGCAGCGGCAGCAGCAGCAUCUAAUUGUGCCCAUCCAGAGGGCGCCAAUAUGCUUGCUGAUGAAGAUGAAGACGAUGAUGAGGUCGGAGACGUUUUGACUUUACCUCUUCAGGCUCACCAUGCCAUGGAAAAAAUGGAAGAGUUUGUACACAAGGUCUGGGAGGGACGUUGGAGGGUCAUCCCUUUCCAUGUCCUGCCUGAGUGGCUGAAGGACAACGAUUACCUCUUGCAUGGACACCGGCCACCUAUGCCAUCUUUCAGGGCCUGUUUUGGAAGCAUCUUUAGAAUUCACACUGAGACGGGAAACAUCUGGACUCACCUGUUAGGGCUGAUCUUGUUCAUUUGUCUGGGCACGUUAACCAUGCUGCGGCCCAACAUGUAUUUCAUGGCCCCACUGCAAGAGAAGGUGGUGUUCGGGAUGUUCUUCCUGGGAGCUGUGCUCUGCCUCAGCUUCUCCUGGCUUUUUCAUACCGUCUACUGCCACUCAGAGAAAGUGUCUCGCACCUUCUCCAAGCUUGACUACUCGGGCAUCGCCCUCCUCAUCAUGGGCUCCUUUGUGCCCUGGCUUUACUACUCAUUCUACUGUUCUCCACUGCCUCGACUCACCUACCUCACCGUUGUAUGUGUCCUCGGCAUUGCAGCCAUUGUAGUGGCCCAGUGGGACCGCUUCUCUACACCUCGCCACAGACCCACACGGGCAGGUGUGUUCAUGGGUCUGGGAUUAAGUGGCAUUGUUCCCACCAUGCACUUCACCAUCGAAGAGGGUUUUGUUAAAGCCACCACAGUUGGUCAGAUGGGUUGGUUCUAUCUGAUGGGAGCCAUGUACAUCACUGGGGCUGGUCUGUAUGCAGCCAGGAUUCCGGAGCGUUACUUUCCUGGGAAGUGUGACAUCUUGUUCCACUCCCAUCAGAUUUUUCAUGUCCUGGUCGUGGCGGCAGCUUUCAUUCAUUUCUACGGUGUUUCUAACCUUCAGGAGUUUCGUUAUGGCCUGGAAGGAGGAUGCACAGAUGACACUCUACUCUGACUGUGACUUACUCUUUCUUUUUCUUUAUAAGCAACAUACACAAAAGAAAACUUAAAAUGCUGCUGCAAUUGAGUACAGUCUCUUGUUAUUAUUUGUGUAUGUCUUAUUUUUAAACAUCCUGUUUUGGGUCUCUUUAGUUCUUCUGCUUUGGCUUCUACUGCAUCGAAAAAGUAGCAUUAACUAGCCAAUGAACUACAGAGGGGACCAUUAACAGGCCUUCAUUCAUAAGGAAACUCACCAUAUGCUUCUUUGAAGCAAAGUCCAUAAGAGGACUUCACUGUUUUCACUUCCUGAAAAUUCUUGCAAAAGUAACAUUUUCAGAGUGUCUCCAUUGUCUCACAGGGUUUUCUUGCUGCAGCAAGGAGCACAUGUAUUAAACCAUUCCUUGAUAUCUUCCUAGUUAACAUCCAGAUUGUUAGAUAAUCAGACAGGUCCAUUUGUUUGGUUUUGUUUGUUUUUUUGAGUGGGAAGGGGAAAUGGUUUCUUAUGUUGUACAGUGUCUAACUGGGUACAUAGUACUGGGAGUAUUUGAAAAAAAAAAAGUAUCCCUGCAGGCAUUCAGCAGUAAAAUCUAGACAGGAAUAAAUCUGUUUUUUAAACUCUAUCAAACAGACCUAUAGAUGGUGUCUGAAUUAAACAAAUCACUAGGAUUUUUGGGUGGAAUCUGGUUUUGCACAGGUUUCCUGACUGAGCAAUAGUCCCAAACACAUUAGGUUUAUUGAAUGACACUCGGAAGCUGUAACAUUUUUGUUUCUUCUGUUAAGUGAUAAAUAAGCUCAGUCAGGAUUAGAGACAAAUAAUUUUAAAGUAAAAUCACCUCCUACACUGUCAAUUUGUAUUCAGUUGUUUUCCAGAACACUGUUCUUGGACUACGCACAAUGUAUGGACGAAGACCAGAGUCUAUUUCGGGCAGUUUUCUUUUAUGCUAUAUUUUAGGUGCAGUGAGAGGCUUGAUUAUAUACACUGUGGUGAAAACCAUCUAAUUCUAAACCUUAAAUCAAUGUCUUGGUUUUAUUAUAUGUUAUGUGUGAUUGGUAUAAACCUUUAGUAUUCCUGUGCCUUAGGCCAAUGGAAAUGUUUUUACACAAAAUGGCCUGUCUUAACUGUCAAGGGAGUUUCAAGGAUUUUCAGAUGUAGAAUAUUUUCAUGUUUUCCCUCAUAGUUAUACAAUCAAAUCAUUAUUAAACUUACACCUCCAUCGAUAGGUUGUAUCAACUGCUGUUUAAGAUUCCUUUUUCUAGAUGAAGCUUUAUUACAACGAACUAAAACCAUGUGUACUCUUGACUUUGUGUUUUGUCCUGUGUAGAAAGUGAUAAAUCCUACAUUUUCCUGAAAUGUAAACAAAAAUACUGUAUUUAUUAAUGGUAAUCUUGGAAAAUUAUUGUAAUAAAUUUUUCCACAUGUAAAUA